AUGCCGGCCGAUAUAAGGAGCUUUUUUGGUGGCAAGUCGAGCCAAGGCUCUGCUACGUCCCCCACGAAACCGUCUGCAAAGAAAGAGACACCAGCUCGGAGCAAGAGAAGCAGGAAGGUUGUCGAUGACAGUGAUGAUGACGACGAUGUUGUGGUGACCAAGGCUUCGGCCCCAAAGACUAAGGCUCCGAGCAAAGCGAAGCCUGAAGUCCCAGAAGGAGAACCUACAACGACCUCUGACUAUUUCGCCUCAAGCAAAAAGAGAGGAAGACCGCCUAAAUCCGAUAACACAGAUAAGGACGCGAAGUCAUCGUCGAGUACUGCUACCAGGGCGGAGAGCCCUAAAGCCUCCAAGAAGUCUACGGAGCGGAAGAAUACCACGGAUGCUGAGUCUCGUCGUGGCGCAAAAAGGGCCAGUGCGCUUCUUGAUGACGAAAAGCAAGGUGAUGACGAUAUCUUUGCAACCGAGUAUGGAAAGUCAGGCAAAUGGGACGACGACUACAAGGAGGAGGAAAACGAUGAUGAUAGUGAUGAUUUCGAUCUUUCGGUGAAACCAGCCAGCGGAGCCCGGGGCAGGCCAGCGUCCAAGAAGCGCUCUGCUUUUGAUGAAGACGAUGAAGAUGUGGUUAUGGAGGAUGUCCCGCAUCGACCCGCGAGCGCAGCCAAAUCUGCAACUUCCCAAACGCAAAGGAAACGAAAAUCCGAGGCGGUUGAUAAGGACGAUGAUGAAUUUGAAGUCACCAAAAAGAAGGCCGGGGCUGGUGGAAAAUCUAAAAAGCCAAGGGCGUCUACCGCGAAGAAGGAUCAGCCGGAAAGCAAAGAGAUUCAAGAUAUAUUUGACAGCAUUCCGACAAUAAAAGCUCCGUCACCUCCGCCUCCACCAGAUCCCGACGCGAAGCCCAGCAAGUUUGUCUUUGGAGGAGGAAAAUCGCGAGACCCUGUUUCUGGAAGUGCCGACAUACCCGUUGGAGCAGAGAAUUGUCUUGCAGGUCUUACAUUCGUCUUUACUGGUGUUCUUGAUACCCUUGGCCGCGAAGAAGGUCAGUCCCUAGUCAAGAGAUAUGGUGGUAAGGUCACAACAGCACCUAGCGGCAAGACAAACUUUGUUGUUCUUGGAAGUGAUGCUGGACCAGCAAAGCUCAAUACUAUCGCAAAGCACAACUUGAAAACGAUCAGCGAGGAAGGCCUAUUCGAACUCAUCCGCCGUCUCCCCGCAAAUGGUGGCGAUGGAAAAGCGGCCGAAAAGUACGAAGCUAAGAAGAAGGAAGAUGAAGAGAAAGUUCAAGAAAUGGCUGCUGAGAUUGAUGCGGAGGAGAAACGCAAAGCAGAGCAGAAACGCAAGGAAAGCAAGAGCAGCCAAAUGACUAAGGUCUCCAAUGACAGCAAGGCGACAAAUGUUGAUGAUCUUCUCUGGACCUCGAAAUAUGCACCUACGUCUCUGAACAUGAUAUGCGGCAACAAGGGUGCUGUGGAAAAGCUUUCAUCCUGGCUCAAGAACUGGAGAAAGAGUGCCCAGGCGAAUUUUAAGAAGGCUGGCAAAGACGGAUCUGGAAUUUAUCGUUCCGUGAUGAUCCAUGGCCCUCCUGGAAUUGGCAAGACCACUGCAGCGCACCUGGUGGCGAAGCUUGAAGGUUACGACGUUGUGGAAUCAAAUGCAAGUGACACGAGGAGUAAGAAACUCGUUGAGACUGGUCUUCUCGGUGUUCUCGACACAACUUCUCUACAGGGAUACUUUUCAACUUCUGAUAAAAAGGUCGACAGUGGGAAGAAGAAUCUUGUGCUAAUCAUGGACGAAGUGGAUGGCAUGUCUGCUGGCGAUCGAGGGGGUGUCGGAGCGAUGGCUGCUAUCGCAAAGAAAACCCAGAUCCCUCUUAUCCUCAUCUGCAAUGAGAGACGACUCCCGAAAAUGAAGCCUUUUGAUUCAGUCACGUUCGAGAUUCCGUUCAGACGGCCAACCGUCGAGCAGGUCCGAGCUCGCCUGCUGACCAUAUGUUUUCGAGAAAAAAUGAAAAUACCACCACAAGUCCUGGAUAGCUUGAUUGAAGGGACACAUGCAGAUAUUCGGCAAGUCAUCAACAUGCUUUCGGCAGUCAGGUUGGACCAAAACGAGCAACCAGGCCAAGCUUUAGAUUAUGAUAAAGGAAAGCAGAUGUCCAAAGCAUGGGAAAAACAUAUCAUCCUGAAGCCAUGGGAUAUUGUUGGAAAGAUUUUGAGCCCACAAAUGUUCUCACAAGCGUCAUCGGCUACGCUGAAUGAUAAGAGUGAGCUCUAUUUCAAUGACCAUGAGUUCAGCUAUCUUAUGCUCCAGGAGAACUAUCUCAGAACGAAACCCGCGCGUGCUAACAACUACGAGGGCAAGGAGCAUAAGUUGAAGCUACUGGAACUUGCAGACAAUGCCGCCUCGAGCAUAAGCGAUGGCGACCUCGUCGACAGGAUGAUCCAUGGCAGUCAACAACAAUGGAGUUUGAUGCCAACGCAUGCCAUGUUUAGUUUCGUGCGGCCUGCUAGUUACAUGUACGGCAAUAUGAUGGAGAGGCCGGCCUUUACUAGCUGGUUGGGGCAAAACAGUAAACAAGGGAAACUCUCUAGAUACGUGAAGGAGAUACAAGGACGCAUGCGCCUUCGCGCCUCCGGAGACCGCCACGAGAUUCGGCAACAGUACAUACCGCUCCUGUGGGAUAAGCUUGUUAGUCGACUGAUGGUUGAUGGCAAGGAUGGCGUUGAAGACGUGAUUGACUUUAUGGACAGUUAUUUCUUGACUAGGGAAGAUUGGGAUGCCCUCGUCGAGCUCGGACUUGGUCCUAUGGACGAGUCUAAGGUCAAGCUAGAGACGCAGACAAAAGCUUCUUUUACUCGUCUUUACAACCAGCGCUCACACCCGCUCCCAUAUAUGAAGGCUAGCAAUGUUCUCGCGCCGAAGAAGGCGCCGAAGGAGAAACCCGACAUUGAAGAUGCCAUCGACGAGUCCGAUGAUGACGAGGUCCUCGCAGACGAGAGCAAAGACGAUGAAGAGAACGACGAGAUCGAUUUGAAGAAGGACAAGCUCAUUCGUGUGCCCAAGAAAUCCGCUGCAAAGAAGGGUUCGGCAAAGAGCAGCACGUCUGCCAAAGGCAAAGGAAAAUCGAAGAAGGCAAACGAGGACGAUUUCAUCGAUGAUGAGGAUGACGCGCCGAAGCCGAAGAAAGCGCGAGGUAGGAAACCGAAGGCUUAG